AUGAAGUAUUUGAUACCAGUUCUGAUACUUUUCGUUGUUGUCGUGGCAACAGCAGCAUCAGAUACCACAACUGAAUCAGAUGAUGACAUCACAACUGAAUCAGAUGAUGACAUCACAACUGAAUCGGAUGAUGACAUCACAACUGAAUCAGUUACUGAUGCCACAACAGAAUUAGUUACCAACGCCACAACAGAAUUAGUUACCAACGCAACGACCGAAUCAGUUACCGACACCACAACAGAAUUAGUUACCGACACCACAACUGAGUCAGUGACUGUUAUGACAACGGAAAAUAUUGUCUAUUUAAAUCCAUUUUCAGGUUUUGACAUUACUACUAAGUUUCCCUACUGCACACGUGAUGCCAAUUGCGGACCAGGAGCAAAGUGUAUGAAAGCGCAUGACAGUUGCCCAGACAACACAAAGAUAUGUCUAUGUGAAUACGGAAGAACACUCUUCAACGGUAGAUGUGUACCAGCCGUUAUAAACGGUGCCCCCUGUAAACAAAAAACAAACGCUACAACAGGAGUAACAACCUCAGACUGUGACACAAGGCGAGGCCUCCAAUGUGGCCCCAGUGGCGUUUGUCAGUGCGUUUCUCCAUAUAGCUCUAAGAGGGACAAGGAAGGCGUCACAAGAUGUUUAAAGGCAAAGAUAUCAGAAGCAUGUUCGAGUAACGAUGACUGUGGAGAUUAUUUAGCGUGCAGUGACAACAAAUGCAUUUGCCCAGAUAGUUAUUUUGAAGACGAGAAAGUAGAGUACGGGUGUGUACCAGGCCGCAUUGACGACAAAUGUGGAGCAUCUAACGAAUACAAAGCUUGUGACGCAGCUAAUGGUUACAUAUGUGAUGGUUCUUCAUCAGAUUCGAAAUGUAAAUGCGACACAGGACAAUAUGAUCAAACUCUGACAGUUUCCAGACAUAGAUACGAUUCGAUGAACCGGACUGUAAGAGCUUGUACAUCGAUUCCAAAUGUGGGCAGUGGCUGUACGGUUGACUUUUUAACCACUGGGGUUGAUACAAAAAGCUGCGAGGAAGCUGACGAAGUGUGUAUAUUGUGUCCACCCCAACCAGGGUCUCGGAUUGCCGUCGGGACGUGCGUUAAGAAUGAAGAUCCACCGAAUGAAGCUGGAGCUGGCUCCAUCCGUGUCAGCACAACAGUUGUUGCCAUGGCUGCAAUAAUGGUUGCCAUGGUAAUCUUACCAAAAGCCGAGGCAACCGCAAGAAGCUGAUACUUAAACUGGUUGAGAUGACAAUGAUGUAACACUCAUAUUGAUCGAUGAUAAUUUGAAUUGGUGAUAAAAAGUAGAUGAAAUUGCAGGUUGAUUUUAUAACGUCAGACUCAGGAGAGAACUACAACUCCACUAUUUUUGACUUCUGACAUAAAAUGUGCGCCUUCUAUAAAAAUUCAGAUUCAGAAGCAGGUUGCAUUGACAAACCAAUGUUAAUAUCAUUUGAAGGCAUAGAGAGUGUGUUUAAUGUUGUAAAUAAUGAUUAAAAAACAUGCCAGUGUUGCCCUGCAAUGUUAAUUUCAUUCUGAAAAUAUAAUUGAGAUUUCUCGUCAAAUAUAGAAGUAAAUGGAGAUCUCAACCCAUUUUUAUCAAUUCUAGGGGCUUCAAUCAUCCUUCACAUCAUGUUCAUUUCCAAUUUUUGCAAAUUUUAUAAAUGCAAUUGCAAAAACAAUUCCCAUAAUGUAUUUAAAUGAUUAGCACAUGAUUAUACUCUAAGGUCGAAUCUGCAAAUACUAUUCUGAAAGCAUUGUAAUUUGUAAUAGAUUUCAUUGAUUUGUUAAUCAUUUUAUGGCCCGAUGGUACGUUUUGACUGAUACGUAGAUGUAGGGUGGCCCUAAAUAUAACCCUUUGAGAAUUACUUUGUCAUUAGUGAAUGUAUCUGUUUUAGUUGUAUAGAUGCGGAAAACGGUGUUGUUGUUUUGGACAGUAUCAACGUCUUUAAAAUCUAGUUAUUCAAGAAUGCUAGUUUCUUUGCCAUUUCUGUAUCUAUAUUUGAAACCAGAGCCUUGGAGACAUAGCCUGAGGUUCACUUAUAAAUCAAAGACAUUUUAUUUAUUGGCUGCAUAAUUAUGCGUCACCCUGUAGCUGGAACAAAACUUCGAAUAAUAUAACAG